AUGACUGGUAUUGUUUUGAGAGAUGGGAACAGAGCACUGAUAACAUGUGGGAUGGUAUCUCCAAUAAUGACGCAAAAUGCCAUGGAUCCACCAAAUGCAAAUAGACAUUGUGCUAAUGAUAUAGCUAUUAGACCCGGUUUGCCGAAACAGUGUUUUACUGUUGCUUGGAAUGUAUCGGUACCACUCAUUUUGGCAUUUGUAACCAUGAGUCGAAUUGUCCAGUCGAUAACAACUGUCAGUGACAAUAAAAGAAAUAUUCCUGCUAGCAGACCGGCUUGUCUAACUGCGUAA